AGAAUCACAUGGAAGCUAUACCGGAUACGACACAUUUGCCAUAAGCGGAGCGUGCGCUUCAGGAAGUUCUCUCUGAACCAGCUCGUGCGGCCUCAACAUGCCUCCCAAGACUGAUAAGAAGAAGGAUUCGGGGAAGGCUAAGAAGGACAAGGACCCCGCUAACAAGUCUGGAGGCAAAGCCAAGAAGAAGAAGUGGUCCAAAGGAAAGGUGAGGGACAAGCUCAACAACCUGGUCCUCUUCGACAAGGCCACUUACGAAAAGCUGUACAAAGAAGUGCCCAACUACAAACUCAUCACACCUGCUGUUGUUUCUGAGAGGCUAAAGAUCAGAGGCUCUCUAGCGAGGGCAGCCCUCCAGGAACUGCUUUCUAAAGGUAUGAUCAAGCUCGUGUCCAAGCACAGAGCGCAGGUGAUCUACACACGUAACACCAAGGGCACAGAGGAGGGUGCACCAGAGGAGAAGGCGGCAUAAGGUCCCUGCUUGUUGGAAAAAAGUUAUUUGUAAAAUAAACAAGUAAAUCACUUGUA